UUCAGUCUCUUGGAUAGCCUGAUAUGCUCUCGUCUUUGAAAUGGUUUUAUUUUAGAUUGGAAUUGUCGUAGCCUACGUUUGUGGAAUUCUUUACCAAGCUAAAUCCAUUUUGCCACAGAAACCUUGACAUCUGUAUCGCUAAUUUCCUUAAACACCGCACAGCGUCGGUGAUUUGAUUGCAUGCUUCCUUUGUCAACUAUAGCCUAGGCUACGAAUCCUAAAGCCUUUGCGUUGUCUUUCACAGCAAUGUGUCUCAUAGGUCUACAAAUAGUCAUCCUACAACUAGCAGGCGUUGCUACAGCUGGCGUGAAAUUCUCAGUUUUGGUCAGCAAUGCUACAGUCUCACUUGGGGACUCGGUCACUCUGCCGUGCUGGCUCUCCCCCACUACGGAUGCCGAGGGGAUGGAGGUGCGCUGGUACCGAAGCAACAGCUACAACACACCUGUGCUGCUCUACCGUGACCAAAAAACCCAGAGCUCUAUUCAAAACCGCACUAGGCUUAUGCCCCGUGAGCCAUCCAGUAGCCUUAAACAAGGGGAUGUGUCAAUACAAAUUGAAAAUGUCAAUCUGAAGGACGCCGGGAAGUAUACGUGCCAUGUGAGCAGCAGUGAGCACUAUGCCAGUGAUGCAGUCUUUCUCAAAGUAGAGGUGAUCGGGGCCCCUCCGAUCCUGUCUCUAUCAAGGCUUGAAGAUGACCGGAUGAACGUGAGCUGCAUGUCCACCGGAUGGCAUCCGGCUCCCCAGCUCCAGUGGUCUCUGGGGGCCCAAGAAGCGCUCCAGCCUGGGCGCCACUCUCACACCCGGGUGGACGAUGGUCUGUUCACUGUGCUGAGCUGGGUGGUCCUCCCCUCAGAGUCCCGGUGGAUCUCCUGCUCUGUGUUUCUGCCCAGCAAGAAAAGGGACCUGAAGGAGGCCAGGGUGGACAUGAACAUCAACUUACAGCCUGCAGAUUCAGGUGGAUCAUCUUGGAUGGUAGCUUUCAUCAUAGCCCUGCUGGCAAUAAUAGGACUGACUACCUAUCUAUUAUACAUGAAGAUGAAAACGAAAAAAGCAACAGCAAAUAUUCCCCUAGGAAUAGCAGAGGAAAAGACAACCCUGUUAAAAGAAGCUCCGGAGCUUGCAUACUCUGAGGACAUGAAAAAUCAUGCAGUGGACAUCGUUGUUAACAAGGAUGCAGCUCCAGCUUGUUUGAAAGUUGGUAAAGAUGGUAAAAUGAUGAGGGACAGUGGUGACCCAGCUACUGACUAUGAACUAUGUAUCCUGGGAAGCCCAAACUUCUCUAGUGGACAGCACUACUGGGAGGUGGGAUUAAAAAAGGAGAACACUAAAGUCAAGAGCUUCUGGUGGGUUGGAGUGGCAACAGACUCAGCAGUACAGACGAUGAGGGAGCAGAAGUCCAUGCCAACCAGUGGCCUGUGGUGCCUGUACUCAGACAACAAGCACGGAGUCCACACCAAAUCAGGAUCUUCUCACUACAUCUCUAUGGCAUCUAGACCUGAGGUAGUAGGCAUCUUCCUUGAUUAUGACAAUGGCCGGCUUUCCUUCUAUGAUACAAAACUGCGCCAUCAUCUUGUUACCAUUAAAUAUUUCUUUAGGGAAAUGGUGUAUCCUCUUUUCAAUCCUAGCAAAGGGGAUAAAGCAGCACUUUAUAUUUUAUCAUUGCCUUUUGCCACACCUGAAGUUAAUAGCACAGCAGCAACUGCUAUUGAAACAUGAUGCCAUGUAAAAUAAUGUAUAAUUUGCCUGGCAAAGCCAAAUCAUACAGUUGAAAUUGUAAAACGAUUAUUCAGCCUUUUGGCUAUACAUAAGUAAAUCUAACCCAGAUCAGCUUAACACUUAAAUAUUACAUCUUCAGGAAUUGUAUGCUAUUUAAGAUGAUUGUGAAUCAGAUUAAUAUUUAGAAUCAAGCCUGCCUGCCAAAAAUAUAACUAAUUUUACCACAUUUAAAACACUUGCUUACUAAAUAAACCAAAUUAAAACAAAUUACCAUUUGUAAUCAAAUGGAACAGUUCCACAUUACUGUGAUUAAGCAUAUGGGCUGUCUUAGCAGUGAUGCUAGUCUUCUGGUGCAAAAAUACAGAAAAGAGACAAUGAAACACAAAUGUCAUCCUAUGCUUGUAAAAUCAUCCCCACUUCUUUGUCUGACUAAUCUGCAAUCUACAUUACUCUGUACUCAUAACAUUGUAGCAGAGUGUUCUGUAAUGCUGAAUUUGAUGCAGAAGAGAAACAGUUAGCACUGAACCACUACAUUCUAUAGUCAUAUGUAUACUAGUGUUGUCACGAUACCAAAAUUAUGACUUCGAUACGAUACCUGCCAUAAAUAUCACGAUGCUCGAUA